CACAAAUAAAGUUGAGUCAAUUCAAACGUGGCUGUAAUGAUGGCGGCUCCCAUGUCGUGGAGGAGGUUGGUGUAUUCGGUGUACACACCGGCCCUAACCGGGGUAUUCACCCGCAUAUCUGACCGAUUCUUUCGAACAAGGGACCGAAGGAGAGGGUCCUCUGUACUGCUGCUGGCUCCUCUCCUGGCCGAGGCAGACCCCGCCCCCAGCCACGCCCCCGUGGCCCAGGGCUCAGACAGCCUCCACACUCGGUUCCGCUGGAUGGCAGAGCAUGUGCCCUCCUUCAGGGUGCCUGGGACACACAUUCAUGUCCUCUCUUCCCCGGACCAGUUCUACCAGGUCAUGAAGGCACGUAUAAAGACAGCUAAGAGGAGAGUGGUGAUGGCCUCGCUCUAUCUGGGCACAGGACCCCUGGAGCAGGACCUGGUGGACUGCAUGCAGGAAGCUCUGGAAGUUUCCGAGGCGAAGGGUGGGGACCUCAGCGUGUCUGUGCUGCUGGACUACACACGAGGAUCCAGAGGCCAGACCAACUCCAGGAGCAUGCUGCGCCCCCUGCUGGAGCGUUUCAGGGAGCGUGUGCGCGUGUCUCUGUACCACACCCCGGACCUGCGCGGCCUGCUCCGCAUGCUUGUGCCUCAGCGCUUCAACGAGACUAUCGGGGUCCAGCACAUCAAGGUGUACCUGUUCGACAACAGCAUCAUCAUCAGCGGGGCUAACCUGAGUGAGUCCUACUUCACUAACCGGCAGGAUCGCUACGUGCUGCUGGAGGACUGUGGAGAGGUGGCUGACUUCUUCUCUGCUCUGGUGGGCGCCGUGGGAGACGUGUCUCUGCAGCUGCAGUCAGACGACACCGUCAGCAUGUUGGACGGCAUGGUGCACCCCUACAGAGGUAACCGGGCAGAUUUCUCAGAGUCGGCGCGGGAUCGGAUCAUGGAGGUGGUGAACACGGCACGGAUGCGGCAGCAGCUCAGCCAAUCAGAGGAGAUGGAGCGGGAGGCGCGGGGGGAGGAGGGGGGAGACACUUGGGUGUUCCCCCUGGUCCAGAUGAAGCCUCUAGGGAUCCAGGUGGACGAGCAGAUCACAAAGCGCCUGCUGACGGACGCCGGUUCGGAUGCCACCGUGUUCCUGACAUCGGGGUACUUCAACCUGACGCGCGCCUACAUGCGGCUGGUGCUGGCGGCCGGGGCGAACUACCGCAUCCUGACCGCCUCCCCAGAGGUCAACGGCUUCUUCGGGGCGAAGGGCGUUGCCGGGGCGAUCCCUGCAGCCUACAUCCACAUCGCCAGGCAGUUCUACAGCAAGGUGUGCAAGCUGCACCAGCAGGACAGGGUGCACCUGCACGAGUACCACCGCUCACACUGGACCUUCCACGCCAAGGGGUUGUGGUAUUACCUGCGAGGCCAAGACCGCCCCUGCCUCACUCUGAUUGGCUCUCCCAACUUCGGCUACCGCUCUGUCCACCGUGACCUGGAGGCCCAGAUUGCCAUAGUAACGGAGAACCCGGAACUGCAAGCGCAGUUACAUGAGGAGCAGGAGAUGUUGUAUGAGCGCUCCACGGCCGUGUCUCCUUCCACCUUCAAGCAGCCUGACCGCCACGUGAAGCUCUGGGUCAAACUGGUCACGCCGCUCAUCAAGAACUUCUUCUGAGCUGCUGGAGCCUCCUCCGGUAUGUUUAGACGCUGAGCAGGAGGCAGACAGCAGCCAGGGUCCACUUGGCAGGCUUCUCUUUGCUCUUGAGGUUGAAGGUCCAGAUGUAUGUGGGUCCCCGUGUGCGGGUCUUGUAGACGGGGCAGGCGUACACGCUCCUGGUCUCCUGCCGGUCCACCGGCACCGCCUUGAUGAACAUGACGGGCAGGCUGGGCGUCAGCUCCUUCACACGGGCCUCUGCGAUCACGCCCGUCUGGCUGUCCCAGCGUGCCCCUGCGCACACACACACACAUUAACACAACACACACACCAGAUCACUUCAGACCAUUCUGCCUGUUACCAUGACAACACUGUGUUUUCUGCCUUGUUUCAUCAACUCGACGCAUAUCAAAAACCAGAAGCCCAGUUCCUCCACCAGAGGAGUCCUGAGGCUGCAGGGAGGGGGGCCUGGGGGACUGAUCUCUGACAAGAGUUUCCAGCUCUGAACACAACUGACAGUAUUUGUUGACUACUCUAACCACCUGAUACCGUCACCAUGGCAACUGUACAGCGUUUCUUCUUUGUAAUAUAAAGCUGGAGUUUUAAUAAGGUACAAAAGUAUAAAAUAUUAAAGGUUUGACUGGU